AUUGUACGUAUGGUACAUUUUUUACUGGUCUUAAUGACAUGCCUUAUUAUUACCUGUGAUGUCUGAAUGGUAGAAUUGAUUUGCUGUUAAAAUGUGAAAACAACCUGACUUGCAGUUUGUAGGAAAAAAAAAUACAUCAAACUUUUCAUGAUGUUGGUAAGGGUAUGUCUGUUUUUGUGACUUUUACAGACACUGUGUCAAGCUGUGGCCAUGAACGACUCAUCAGAAGGGACUCAAGUGAUGCCGUUUCAAACAACUGCCAAAGCUCUGCUCUCCACACUGCCAUGUCUGCUCUUUCUCUACGUGAACCUUGUCAUGCUUUAUGCCCUACUGAAGACUCCUCUCCUCCUGGAGUCUUCCCGCUAUGUCCUGUUUGGUCAUUUGCUCUUCACUGAAUCCCUGCAGCUUUUUCUCUCCAUGUUUAUGUACAUCUUCGCUGUGACUAUGGUCACAAUGAUCAAUCAUGUUUGUAUUAUAAUCAUUAUGCUUGCAUCCAUCACUUUAAAGAUGUCACCUCUGAACCUGGCUGUGAUGUCUUUGGAGAGGUACAUUGCCGUUUGUUUCCCUCUGAGGCAUGCUGAUAUUGCCACCACCAGGAGGACGGGCAUUGCAAUCGCUGUGAUGUGGACUGUCGGCUCAUUUGACUCAUUCACCCAGCUUUUCCUCUUUGUCAGUCUGGAGAACACAAGCAUCCCCAUGCAAAGGUUCUGCUACAGAAACAGUGUCUUCAGACUGCAGAUUUACUCCACUUUAAACAAGGCCUUCACCAUUGUGUAUUUUGUAUUAGUGAGCACUAUUAUCAUCUAUACAUACAUAGCUAUCAUGAUUACUGUGAAGUCUGCCUCCUCUAAUGUUCGUGAUGCCAGUAAGGCCCAUAAAACUGUUUUGUUGCAUCUGAUUCAGCUGUGCCUGUGUCUCACCUCAUCUCUAUUUAGUACCAUCAGCGACCAGUCGAACAUUCAUCCUGCAAUGGUUGUUCAUGUUCGGUACGCACUUUUUGUGGGUCUGAUCAUUUUCCCCAAGUGUCUGAGCCCUCUCAUAUACGGCCUCAGAGAUAACACCUUCAGAUAUGUCUUUAAAAACUACUUCACCUUUGGCUGCAGAACUACUAUAAAGCCAUUUCCAAAGGGUUGAUUUUAAUACAGUUAUUUUUCUCUUACAAAGUUAUGUUGAAUGUCAACUUUUAUUUGCAUCAGGUAAAGGCAUUUGUUUUGUCUUGGGAUUAUUAUUUGAAUGAGGUCUAAUUGUGAUCAGACUCAUUCAGAAUUGAGAUUAGUAUUUGAAGUCUCCAGUAAAUUAUUACUAAUAUAAACUGAUUUGCUAAUAUGUUAAACCAGCAUAAAGAGCAGAUAUUUUUUCACAGAGCUGUAAAGGAUAAAAAUGACAUAUUUCAUACAGGUUGUUUUCACCCUCAAUCCAGUUUUUAAAUUAUGUUUAAGGAAAAUAUCAGUAAGUUAAAUACAGGCUUCACUGCAAUAGAAUGAUGGGAUAAAAAGCAAUGCAUGCUGUUACUUAAAACAGAGACAUCAAACCUUAACAUUAAGUUAAAUAUCUAUGUGCAGUAAGACUGUGUCGCUUCAUAGUACCAGGGAUAUCACUGCGGACAAUUAAACAAAAAAAAAUAUGUGUGUCAUCACUUCUGUCAUGUACGGGAAAAUAACACAAACAUCUAACAAUAAUAGUUCAUUGGUUGAAAUUUAAAAAAAAAAAUCAUUCCCUGUUUUUUCUUUAAUAAAUGGGAAACAUGUUUUUGUUUCA